AUGAAACACAAACUGAAGGCAUUGGCACAUGAAGGAGGAGAUGCUGCCAUCCUGCGGAGCAGAGAAGGUGCAAGCCGGGUUCUUGGUUCGGCCAGUAGCGCCACCAGGGAGGAGAAACGGGAAUCUGCUCGGAGCAGGCGAGCGAUGGAGUGUGAGAGCACAGGGAGCAGUCGCCAGUCUCUUGCCAGCGGCAUUCCAGAAGCCAAGCUAGAUGUCAGUGCAGCAGUGGCAUUACCGUUGGAAGAUGACUCCGAACAUUCCAGCCGUGUUGGUGUUGCAGCAGCCAAACAGAGGAAACCUGCAGGCAGCGAUCUGCAGGUGGAACAGGGAAGUCUGGCGGAAGGGGAUCAAGCAAUGAUGCAGCAAGCAAGACCCGUGAAACUCUCCAAACAUCAGCUAAGGCAGCUGUCACAGCAGGAGUUGGAACUGCGACAGUCAAAGCUGAAAUGCUCCACGAUUGCUACCGGUAAGCAGGCGGCCGAACGGAUUCUCUAUGGAGAGAGGCCGUACUGGUACGCACUAGAGUUGAAUGACAACUCGCCCAACAUCACCCCCAUCGUCGACCAGUUUCACAUCACCUGCGAGACGGGUCCAGGUAGCCCGUCCGGACACGCCAUGGUGACAGGUCCAGUGUGGUUCGUACUCGUGUCGGCCUUCCUCUACAAACUGAAGCAGUACUUCUGGCAGGACAAGAACAAACACCCGAAAUCGCUGGUGGUGCUCAUUUGGUCUGCAUUCACAAUCCUGCUUAUUCUAGUCUGCAUCUCACGUCUUCAUAUUGCUGCUCAUUUCCCACACCAGGUCAUUGCCGGGACAGUCUGUGGUCUGAUCCUGGCCGGUGUCUUCACGCGUCUCUCCCUGUGCGACAUCCAGCUUCGCUACUACCUUCUCAUCACCGUCAGCAUGCUCUUCGGUGGCUAUCUCACCUACUUCACGCUGCUCUCCAUGGGACACGACCCGCACUGGUCCGUCAAGAAGGCGCUGAAGUGGUGCACGAACCCGGACUGGGUGCACAUGAACACGGUGCCGUUCCACACGCUCGCGCGCCUCACAGGCGCCAUCUUGGGUCUAGGGUUGGGCCUGCGCUCGACGCGCUACUUCUCGCCGAUACGCACCAAGCAUCCGUUCGAGGUGAAGCUGCUCGCGGCGACGCUCGCCGUGACGAUGUACAACUACGUCGAGUCGGUGCGGCUGCCGCACGACCACCUCGAGCUGUUCUACGCGAUCGCCUUCGUCAAGAACCUGCUGCUGCCGUUCGUCACCGUGGCCGUCGUGCCGCACGUCGCGUGGUUCGCGAUCCGGCGGCUGCACAUGCUCCCCCUGCUCGCGCACCACCGCGCCGCCAGGGAGCGCUGCAAGCACGAGGGCAAGGUGCAGCGCCGCGCCGACUAGACUGCUCUCUUGUCAACGCAGGGAUGAACGAACACAGGCGACGCAGAGACCGCUCUCUUGUCGAUGGACGGACGGACGAACGAACAGACAGGCGACGCAGAAACCGCUCUCUUGUCGACGGACGCACGGACGACGCAGAGACCGCUCUCUUGUCGACGGACGGACGGACGACGCAGAGACCGCUCUCUUGUCGACGCACGGACGAACGACACAGAGA